AAAAUCGAGGCCAAAGGCUCGACGCGCAGUGCUCGUCGGUUCCGCGGUGGUGAUGCCGCGUACGGUAGUCGUCGGUUUGGCGUAGUUGCGUUGCGGUUCCAGACGUGGCUUUUGACUUUUGCCGUUCCGAGCCGACCUAAAUUCGUGAGUUUUAUCGAAAAUCCGCUCGCCGUAGACACGGGGGGGUCAUCGUGUGCUGCUGCGAAUUAUGUAGCGCGUGAGUCGGCCCCGAAUAGGGAAACGUGCGCGAGCGCGGCGACUCCCAUAUUUCCUUGAUCCGGGCUCGUCCUCGUUCGCAAGGAUUCCACAGGACGGACGGUUUAUGUCCUCCGGACAAGUGCCAGUCGUUCCUAGGUGAGUCGAAUCGGCCGACAGGGGAGGACCGAGGAGAUCCCGUGCGCGUCGUUCGCGUCACGGAAGUCGCGGGUGGGUCCCGAGGAAGAAACGGACUGAGGAAAUAGAAUUAAUAGCAACGGUAAGCGAGACCGUAGGGCCCCAACGAUAUGCCGGGGCGUACCAACGUGCACGGUGUGAUGCCGCCGCAUUACCUCCACGAAUUGCCAGCCGGCGACGAGGAGCGGCUGGAAAAGAUAUUCAAGAAAUUGGACCUGGACGGAAACGGGAGGAUCGACGUCCACGACUUGUCGAAGGCUCUGCACGACGUCGGUGUCCACAAGCGGUACGCCGAGAAAUUCUUGGCGGAGUCCGACAGAAACCAGAGCGGCGACAUCAGUCUCGCAGAGUUCAUUCAUUACGUUAGGGAGCACGAGAAAAGUCUGCGGCUGCAAUUCUCCAACAUGGACAAAAAUCGUGAUGGUAAACUCGACCUCGAAGAACUCAUACGGGCGUUCAAAGACUUGGGCGUCGAAAUGGAUCGCACCGAGGCAACGAAACUGCUUCAAAGGAUGGACCAGGACGGGAGUUUGAACAUAAGUUUCGACGAGUGGCGCGACUUCCUGCUCUACGCGCCCACGAACGACAUCCACGAGCUGAUACGGUACUGGCGUCACUCCACGUACCUGGAUAUCGGGGAGGAUAUGGGUGUUCCUGAUGAUUUCACGAACAGUGAAAUGGUAUCUGGUAUGUGGUGGAGGCACCUGUUGGCAGGAGGAAUCGCCGGCGCAGUUUCCAGAACUUGUACAGCUCCUCUGGAUCGCAUCAAAGUUUAUCUGCAGGUUCACGGAACGAGGCAGUGUAAUAUAUCUUCUUGUUUUAAACACAUGAUCCGGGAAGGUGGAAUGCUGAGUCUCUGGAGAGGGAACGGCAUCAAUGUACUUAAGAUUGGUCCAGAGACCGCGCUUAAGUUCAUGGCUUACGAACAAGUGAAAAGAAUGAUUAAGGGCACAGACUCUCGAGAACUCAGCAUUUAUGAGAGAUUCAUGGCUGGCUCGAUUGCCGGCGGAAUCAGCCAAACCGCAAUAUACCCACUCGAAGUGCUGAAAACGAGGUUGGCUCUUCGAAAAACAGGAGAAUUCACCAGUAUAAUGGAUGCCAUGCAGAAAAUAUACACCAUGGGUGGUCUAAAAUGUUUUUACCGAGGCUACGUCCCUAACCUCAUAGGAAUACUGCCGUACGCUGGAAUUGAUCUCGCUGUUUACGAGACUCUGAAAAACAGUUAUCUACGGACACACCAGAAAGACGAGCACCCUGCAUUCUGGCUGUUGCUACUGUGCGGCACAGCGUCUAGCACAGCUGGUCAAGUUUGUUCGUAUCCUUUAGCUCUAGUCAGAACACGGUUACAGGCUCAGGUGACGCCGUACCGAACACCAAACACGAUGGUAGGGGUAUUUCAAGAUAUAAUUCAUCGAGAAGGCUUCCGUGGGCUCUACCGAGGGUUAACGCCCAACUUUUUAAAGGUCGCGCCCGCCGUAUCGAUAAGCUACGUCGUAUACGAACGCUUCAGGCAGGCACUAGGUGUUAAUAUGACGUGAUGAACAUAUAUUUUAGGGGAAAUUAAUUCUAUUAAAUUAUUAUGUAUAUGUAUGAUAAAGGUUAUGCUAAAUCUGCAAGCUAGCAUGAAGCAAGCCGUGCAGGCAGGCCUGCACGCUUCGCCUCUCCUUCCUUUGACUAUAAGCAGCUUUAUAUCUUACUGAGGGUUUAUUAACACUAACUUCAAAAAUCAAAACAGAUAGUAUCAAACGAACUAAUGUCCAAUAUAAAAAGACAGGUACCGUGAGUAUGCCGUUAUUAAAUAAAAGUUGAAAAAAUAAUAGUACGAAGGUAACGACGGACCUCCAGGAUAGCUAGGUCCGUGCACUUCUUUCGCCUACACUGUUGCUUGCGCGAGAAGUGGUCUGAAUAAUUAUCGAUUCUCUUUUUUAUUUCCUUUAUUUUCUCUAAAAAGUGGUCAGUAAUAAUAAUGAAGCUAGUAAAAUUCGUUCAGGGAUUCGAGGUUAGGCUGAAGACGAAGAAAUAACGAAACAAGCGUUGAAACGAGCACAAAAUUGAACUGGAGUUAGAAGAAAAAAAAAAAAAGAAAAGAGGAAGAAAUUAGUUCCAGAAUGUGAUUGUAAAAGUGGAGACGACGUGAUACCCUACGUUGGGUGCUCGUUCCUAUUUUUAAUACACUGAUAUGUUCAGGACCUAAGCAAAAGCUGUUCUUACCGCCACUGAAAGUAAUUACUAAGUAGCCUAAUAGUUAUUUUGUAAAAUAGAUAUCCCACUGCGUGCCUGCGAGGAGAUCGACUGAUUAUAGGAAUCUUUUGGAUUCUGAUAUACACUAUAAAAUAUAUUGUCUAAAAAUUAGUAUACUAAUUCCAUUCCCUUAUUGAAACCAACGCGUUGUACAUAGGUUAAUUAUCGUCGCGGGUACAUUAACGGUUACGAUUAAUGGAAUUUUUCACAAGAAAAUUAUAUAAACCGGGCGGAUCGUCGUGUCACCUGUAUAACUUAUCGAUACCCCUCCCUACCCCCGCCAUUAUUCCUCGGUUGGGAAUGUGCCAGACUUCGAUCACACCUACACGACGUCCGCCGGUAGCUUAUGUACCGUUGUGUAAAUCUAUAGAUGCUUUUUACGUGUGAACAUAUAUUAUUUUAUUCCCGACUCGACCGUAAAGACGACUUUUCUUUACCUGAAAGGCGGGACUAAAGUUAAAUCUGAUUGCCUACUAUACUUUUCUUCCCGCAUUUUACGAAGGAAAGUAAAUUUCGCGGGGCAAAAAGUGAAUUAGCGGAACGAAAGUACAUUUACUCCCGAAAAUGCGGAAUGAAAAGUGGUCUUUACGGUUGAGUCGGAAAUAAAGUCCUAUAAUGUACUAUUACCCAUGUGGGACUGAUGAUACAUGACUACCCAAGAAACGGUGCGAAUAUAGAUCGAAAUUUUUUGACUAAUUUUACCCCCCCAAUCCCUCUCUCUCUCUCUCAUUGGAUAGAACGUAUUGUUAUCACAGCUUCGAAUUGAUUCAUGUGUUUGGAUAAUCAGAUGUCUUUUUUCUAUGAGCAAAUGUAAUUUUUUAGUUAUUUGUUAUUAUUUUAUUUUUUUUUCAUACUAGAGUCAGUUCCUUGGGGGAAGCUGCAGGCACCAGUUUUCACUCGUAAUUAUAUCUAUUUAUACCGUACGAUAUAUUAUUAACUACAUAUAAAUGUGAUCUUCUAUCUGCAAAGCAGACGAAAAAACAAAAAUGUACUUUUGAAUCGUUAAUUAUCUAUUUAAUUAUUUAAAUACAUGGUCUCUCUCUUUCUCUCUUUAUUAAUAUUAUUGCUAAUACAAUACUAUUGAAACUUCUACCGAUUGCAUUGGUAUCACCAAAGAUUGUCUUUUGUGAUCCUUUAACCAAAUACAGUGUUUCUUACAAUUA